AUGUUGCAGAACGACUACAGCUACUCGCACUACCAGCCGCAGCAGCAGCAGCAGUCGCAACAGUCGCAGCAGCAGCAACAGCUUCACCAGCCGUUGCCGCCGCAGUCGCACCACCACAGCAACGAGCGCCCCAAGCUCUUUAGCACGUCCAUGGACAGCGUCAACAGCGGCGGCAGCAAUGGAGGCGGCUACCACGGCCCCGGCAUGCACGACUUCCACCAGCUCGUGCACUCGAGCAACAUGACGCCGCAGCAUCAUCACAUGCAAGCGACGCAGCCGCAGCUCAAUCACCUCCAGCAGCACCAGCAGCAGCAGACGCCGCAGCACCAGAGCGACUUUGACCACGAGCCCAUUAUGAUGAACCUGCAGCACCCGGGCCAGUACUACGCGCCGCCGCCCAUGACUGCGCAGAUGCUGCACGUGUCCACCGACUACAACUCGGGCGGCUCUGUGGGCGGCACGACGCCCUCUCUCUCUGGCUCCAAGCGCUCGCGCGAGGAGCUCAAUAUGAAGGAGAAGAAGCGCAUGUUCAAGCUGAACGACCGCAUCAACCAGCUCAAGUCCGUGCUGGACGAGGCUGGCGUGCAGUCCAAGAAGAACAAGCAGUCGAUUCUGGACAACACGUUCCACUACGUCAGCAUGCUCCGCAGUAACCUCCUCAUUGCCAAGCAGAAGGCUGAGCGUGCCGAGAAGCAGGCGGGCAACUUUCGCUCGCAGAUGCAAGGUGGCGGCGGGCCAAUGGAGAGUGUGUUCAGGCGCUGCUUCGAGCAGUCGUCGACGCCUCGCGUCGUGGUGGAUCUCCACCUGCACCUCGUGGCGGUCAACUCGGCUUUCAUGUCACAAGCUGGUCUCAUGGAGGAAAACCUGAUGGACACGAACACGCUGCGUGCGAGUCUCUGUCUCGACAAUGGCAAGCUGGACGCAGUCAUGCAGUCAGUCAGCAACAACAUGAAACCCGUUAGUGCCAUUGUGCAGGCGCAGGGGAUGGGGAACAACAUCUCGACGCUCACGCUCAUUGCGUCCGCACUCACGGACGACGAUAAUGUCGUGACUGCGAUCGAGUUCAGUCUCGUGCCUUUCGACAUCUCGUCCGACUUUUCAGAUGCGGGUGCUAGUGGCUAUGCGAGCAACGACACCAAGCACGGGGUACUCAAGGAGACCAGUCCUCUGGGUGUCAGUGAUUUGACCGUGUAA